AUGAGCCCCCACCUGUCGCAGCAGCUUCAAGAGUGCAUUGUCACCUGGCGGCAGGAAGGCAAACCAAUUCGCGAGAUCGCAGAGCUGGCUGGCUGCUCAGAGAGAACAGUUUCCACCAUCCUCAGUCUCUACCGUGAUUACGGGAUAGUUUCCAACCCGAAUGCUAGAUUGCGAGGCCGCCCUCAUGCUCUCGACACAGGCGAUGUCAAUUAUCUCAGUGCACUCCUCCAAGCAAACCCUGUCCUGUACCUUGACGAGCUCCAGGAGCAGCUCAUUCAUUCCCAUGGUACCGAUGCAUCAAUUGCCACACUCUCCCGUGCCUUGCGUCAUCUUUCACUCACCCUCAAGAAGAUCACCAAGGAAGCUGCAGAACGAGAUGACCUUUUGCGUGCUACUUGGAUAGGAGAGUAUGGAGAUAUACCCAUGGAGUACUUCAUUUGGCUUGACGAGUCAAGUGUGGAUGAUGUGACGAAUCAGCGGAGGCGAGGGUGGUCAGGGAUUGGACGUGCAUGCGUGUGGCGUGAAAUGUUCAUUCGUGGGCAGCGGUAUUCGGUACUUUCGGCUCUUUCAAUUGAUGGAAUUAUAGCCCUCGAUAUCUUCGAGGGUUCGGUGAAUAAGGAGCGAUUUAUAAAGUUUGUAGAGGAAGAGUUGGCACCUAAACUAACUCCAUAUCCUGGUCCACGUAGUGUUGUUGUGAUGGAUAACUGUGCAAUCCAUCACGAUGAGGAAGUUAGGCAGAUUGUUGUCGACGACUGUGGUGCUAAGCUCAUCUACUUACCGCCAUACUCUCCCAACAUGAAUCCCAUUGAGCAAGCGUUCUUCUCCAUCAAAGCAUGGCUUCGGCGUCACGAAGCUGCAGCCAUAGACGCAGAUGUACGCCCAUGGUUAAUCCAUCAAGCAAGUCUUUCAGUCACACCAGAGCAUGCAGAACAUUGGAUUAUGAAUUGUGGAUACUCGUAA